CAUGCUCGAUGGGGUUAAAGUAUUUUCCUGUGAUCUCCCUCCCUGAUUCCUGGUAGUUUACGCUCACUAUAAACUGUGUAACUAACCAGGCCAGUAACGAAGCCAUGAUAUAAUAAUGUGCAUCUGACAAGUACAUGUGUGGUUGUCCAAUAAAUUGUGUCAUCCCCAAGGCAGAACAUACUGCGAUCUGCGAUGACAUCGCAGAAAAUGCAGCAUGUCUGCAGAAAGAACUGGCAGGUGCUGAUUGGUGAAUCUGUAUUCUAAUACUGGGAGCCGCGAUCUUGGAGAAUUUUCACAGCUUUAUUGUUGGCUUCAAGUUGGCACACAUAAUACAGAACAUAAGAUUGUUACUGCGGAUCACAAGGUGGGUACCUGUUACUCCAUGUCACAUACCUCACUGAGAGACCACAGCCAGACUCACUGACUUGAACCCAACAAGACGACGACUGAGAAGAACCAAGCCUUAGAGAUCUACAUGCUGACUAGGGGGGAACAAAUGGAGUUUGAUGAAGUUGCAGUUUAUUUCUCGGAGGAGGAGUGGGGCUGUUUAACUGAAGAACAAAAAGAGCUUUAUAAGUAUGUGAUGAUGGAGAAUUAUCAGACCCUCAGGUCUCUAGGAUAUGUUUGUGUGAAACCUUUACUUGUUACACAGAUUGAGCAUAGAGAGGAGCCGUAUGUGAGCAGUUUUCCAAAUAACAAAGAUGAAUUCACAAACUGCAGUUAUCCUAGUCAUGGUCAGAGUGCAGAUGCUUCUUGCAAUCUUUUAAAAAAUCAAAGAAGUCACAAAGGAAAUUUAUGUUCUGAAUGUGGGAAAUGUUUCACAGAGAAAUCAUUUCUGUUUCACCAUCUGAAAUCUCAUACAGGAGAGAAAGCAUUUUCAUGUUCUGAUUGUGGCAAAUGUUUUAUUCGUGAAUCAGAUCUUAUUAUGCAUCACAAAAUUCACAUAGAAGAAAAGGCAUUUUCAUGUUCUGAGUGUGAGAGAUGUUUUACUCGAAAAUCAGAUCUUAUUAAGCAUCACAAAAUUCACACAGGAGAAAAGGCAUUUUCAUGUUCUAACUGUAGGAAAUGUUUUACUCUGAAAUCAGAUCUCAUUAGGCAUCACACAAUUCACACUGGAGAAAAGGCAUUUUCAUGCUCUUACUGUGGGAAAUAUUUUACUCGGAAAUCAACUGUUAUUAGGCAUCACAAAAUUCACACUGGAGAAAAGGCAUUUUCAUGUACUGAGUGUGGGAAAUGUUUUACUCGAAAACCAGAGCUUAUUAAGCAUCACAAAAUUCACACAGGAGAAAAAGCAUUUUGUUCUGAUUGUGGCAAAUGUUUUUUUCGUGAAUCAGAUUUUAUUAUGCAUCGCAAAAUUCACACAGGGGAAAAGGCAUUUUCAUGUUCUGAGUGUGGGAAAUGUUUUAAUCAGAAAUCACAUCUUUUUGCGCAUCACAAUACUCACACAGGAGAAAAAGCAUUUUCAUGUUCUUACUGUGGGAAAUGUUUUACUCGGAAAUCAACUGUUACUAGGCAUCACAAAAUUCACACAAGAGAAAAGUAAAUUUAUGCUUAUGCUUACCUGAUAAAUUAAUUUCUUCUACGAUACGACGAGUCCACGGAUUUUAUCCUUACUUGUGGGAUAUUAACCUCCUGCUAACAGGAAGUGGCAAAGAGCACCACAGCAGAGCUGUAUAUAUAGCGCCUCCCUUCCCUCCACCCCCAGUCAUUCGACCAAAGGUUUAGGAAGAGAAAGGAAAAUCUAAAGGUGCAGAGGUGACUGAAGUUGUAAAAAAUAAAAUAUAAUCUGUCUAAAAAAUGACAGGGAGGGCCGGGGACUCGUCGUAUUGUAGAAGAAAUUAAUCAGGUAAGCAUAAAUUUACUUUUCUUCUACAUGAUACGACGAGUCCACGGAUUUCAUCCUUACUUGUGGGAUACAAUACCAAAGCUACAGGACACGGAUGAAACGGGAGGGACAAGACAGAGACCUAAACGGAAGGCACCACUGCUUGAAGAACUUUUCUCCCAAAAACAGCCUCAGAAGAAGCAAAAGUAUCAAAUUUGGAAAAAGUAUGAAGAGUCUACCAAGUUGCAGCCUUGCAAAUCUGUUCAACAGAAGCAUGCCAGGCGGAUGAUACUCCUCAGCCAAAAAGAAAGAGAGGUAGCCA